GAUUCAGAUAUUUUAUUUCUUCCCUGCUUUGCUCACUUUUGAUUCCAAGAAAACAAAAAAAUUUCUUCUCAUUAUUCUAUUUCCAUCUUUCUACUCAUGGCGGCUAUCUCCACCACCUUCUACCACCCACUCUGGACUUCUUACAACAACAGCAACCACCACCGGACAAAGAGACAAGCCCCAAGCAGACAGGGAGUUAGAUCUAUGACAGUGACUUCUUGUCGGAAGCAGAAAUUACCGGAUGGGGAGGACCAAGAAGUGAUCCAGAGGAUUGUGAGAAGGAUUGUUUCAGAAGCUGAGAAGUUUGGGAAGGAUCUGAAGCCAGAGAAGAAGAAGAAAGGAGACGUGAAGGAUCUGAUGCUUAUGAGUCUCUCUUUUGCUGUUUAUGUUUACAUCUCUCAGUUAUUGGUUUGUGCUUACUUCUCUUGGCAACAUCUCAGCUUCCCAAAUCCUUCUUGGUAGUAGUAGCUUACGCUUGCUUUCUUCUUCUUCUUCUACCCCAGUUCUUGAUUGGGUUUUGUAAAAAUCUUGCACAAAUCAUUAAUAAGACAAAAAAUAUUCCAUUGCAACA